AUGAAAGCUACGGACUUUUCACAAGAUAAAGAGACGUCUUCUACCUUUUCAUCAUCUUUUACUUCAACAGUAUCAGGUUCAUCAUUGUCAAAACAUGCUUUUCGUGUUUCUUUUUCUCCAACAAAUAAAAAAAUGAUGAAUAUAUCAGAUACUGAGGAAAAAAUGUAUUGUCAAAGAUCUCCAUCAUCAUCUUUAUCAUAUACUAAAAAUGAGGCUGAAGAAUUAAGUUAUGAAAAAGAAGAGACUUCUAAAUCUAAAAUGUUGAAUUUACCAUCUAGUAUUAAUGUUAUUACUGAUACAUUUGCACCAAUUUUACCAUCUAUUCUUAGUAUUGCUAAUACUACAAAUAUACCUUUUUUACAGUCUUCUUCAGAAGUUAAUACUAGUAAAAAUCAUUUUUUUAGAUCUUCAAAAAAAGAAGAAAGCCAUACUACAGGAUCGAAUCAUACAAGUCCUAAAUCAAAUUUUUCAUAUGCACAUCUUUAUUCACUUGGAAAUACUAUUACUUCUUCUGUAUCGAAUAUUUUUCAUCCUUUACAAAAGUCAUUUACAUCAUUUGAUAUUAAACAUAUUACUUCAAAAGAAAAUUUAGAUAACCAUGUUGUUAAUGAUGUAUGGCCAUUGCUUUGUACAAAAACUUUACCUCUUUUUAAAAGAGAGGGAUUAAUGGUUCCGGUAGAAUAUUUAAAUAAACUUGUUAGACUUCAUAUUGAAAAACGCUGUAAUGAAAAAAGACUAGAUCUACUUAUAAAUGAAUUGCAUGAAUUUAUAGAAGGAGGAAUAAAAGUUUUUGAUGUAAAUUUAUCAUCUUUUUCAGACGAAAAAUUGAUUUCUCGACUUGUUGAAUUAUGGUCUUUUUUCUUUACUGCAAUUAUACCAUAUGUUGAAGCGAUUUUUUUACCAUUACAAACAGAACUUGAUUUAGAAUGGACAACUUAUACUUAUAUAAAAAAUUCUUUGGAAAAUAAAAUCGACUUGGACGUAAAAUAUAUAAUGUUAACUAAAUUUAGAGAUAAUAUUAUUCUUCCGAUUUAUGAGAGAUUAGAACUUAUUUUUAUAAAGAAUCCGUCAAACUUAGAUUUAAGUCAUGAUUUUGCAAAUAUAGCACCGAAAUUACUUCAAAGUAUUCUUAUUCUUGCUUCUGUUCAUUCUUCAGAUGAACAACAAAAAAAAAUGGAUAAUCUUGUCAAAAUUUUGUCUCAUUGGUUUAAAUCUGAAAAAAAUUAAGAGAUUGUCAAGGUUUUGUUUCUACAAAAGAAGAUUCCAA